UUGGGACCAAAAUAGAGUCCUUUAUAUGAAUAUCACAUUUUGGAAGAAGAAAAAGCGUAGCCUUUCAUCUUCUGGUCAACGUUCCACAUUCUUCUUUCCUAAUCCAACAAUACCAUUGUGAAUUCAAAUAGGACCUUCAUCCUGCUGUCCUUAAAAGGAGAUUAUACAUACCGACGAAGAAAAUCGGCCGAAAUCAGGAGAGAAAGAGAGAUCAAAAUAUCACUUUAUAUGCAAAAAGUAGCAUUGACAUAAUCGCAAGAAUGGCGAAGAAAGCUGUAUUGAUAGGAAUCAAUUACCCAGGAACAAAGGCUGAAUUAAAGGGAUGCAUAAACGAUGUGAGGAGGAUGUAUAAGUGUCUUGUAGAUCGCUAUGGUUUCUCUGAGGAAAACAUUAUGAUCUUGAUAGACACUGAUGAGUCCUAUAUGCAACCUACUGGGAAAAACAUACGCAUGGUCCUCAGCAAUCUGGUGCGAUCGGCGGACCCUGGCGAUUUUCUUUUUGUUCAUUACAGUGGACAUGGGACAAGGCUGCCUGCUGAGACCGGCGAGGAUGAUGAUACUGGCUAUGAUGAGUGCAUUGUGCCCUGUGAUAUGAAUCUCAUUACUGAUGAUGACUUCCGGGAAUUUGUGGAUCAGGUUCCAACUGGCUGCCGCAUAACAAUUGUGUCUGAUUCUUGUCACAGUGGCGGUCUCAUUGAUGAGGCUAAAGAGCAAAUAGGGGAGAGUACCAAUCGUCAAGAGCAGGAAUCAGAUUCUGGAUCUGGAUCUGGAUUCAGAAGUUUUUUGCACAACAAAGUUAAAGAUGCUUUUGAAACUCGGGGAGUUCACCUACCUUCUGGAUUGCAUCAUCAUCACCAGCACCACAGAGAUGAGGAAGAUUAUGAUUCAAGGGCAGUCGAAGAAGGCUAUGGUGAACAUGGCUACGUGAAAAGUAGAUCUCUUCCUCUCUCAACUCUCAUAGAAAUGCUGAAGCAAAAAACAGGCAAAGAUGACAUUGAUGUUGGGAAGCUGCGACCAACACUUUUUGACACUUUUGGAGAAGAUUCGAGUCCUAAAGUGAAGAAGUUCAUGAAGGUUCUUCUGAACAAAUUCAAAAAUGGAGAUGGAGAAAGCGGAGGUGGAUUCUUGGGUAUGGUUGGGGGUCUUGCGCAGGAGUUUCUCAAACACAAGCUGGAGGAUGACGAGGGUUACGGAAAACCUGCCUUGGAGACGGAAGUGCAUACCAAGCAAGAGGUUUAUGCUGGAGCAAGUAACCGGUCACUGCCAGAUCAAGGUGUUCUAAUUAGCGGCUGUCAGUCAGACCAAACUUCUGCUGAUGCGAGUCCUGCAGGAAAUGCCAGUGAAGCUUAUGGAGCUCUUAGCAAUGCAAUUCAGACUAUACUUGCUGAUACAGAUGGGGCAGUUUCUAAUCAGGAACUGGUCUUGAGGGCUAGAAAGAUGCUGAAGAAACAAGGUUUCACUCAGCGACCUGGCCUUUACUGCAGCGACCAUCAUGUUGAUGCUCCUUUUGUAUGCUGAAUUUCUACUGCAAUGACCAUCAUUUUGAUUUCUGUUUGUAUGCAGAUUGUGGGGGUUUAUCUGUUACUAAAUUUAAUUGUGUGUUAAAGGGGUGUGAAAUGCUUUUGCAACUGGGUUUUGAAUAAUAAUAAUAAUUUGGAAUGUGAGUUUGAUACCUUGGCA